CUUCGAGACAGCUCACAGCCUGAGACACACAUGUGGAACGUGCUGCGCUUCCUCCUCCUCUGCUGGCUGUCCGCUGCGACCGCCGUCAAGCGUCCCGCGCCGCGCACGCCUCAGCAGCGCUCCGGACCUCGCUUCCGCAUCGUGAUUCCGCGCAAGGAGCCGCCGAAGAAGCGCCUGCUGCCCUCGCUCCCGGCGCUUCCGACCAGCGCAGAGCUGCAGGAAACGGCACUCGCUCGCGCGACUCGCCUUCGCGAGGCGGUGAAGGAGGCGCCAUCCCAGCUGCGGCAGGCGGCGCUCGAUGCGCCGGCCAGUGCGAGGCGUGCGGUGGACGAGGCUCCUGGCCGCAUCCAGCAAGCCGUGCUCGGGGCGCCCGACGCCCUCCGCGAUCGCGCGCUGCGGACAGCGGACGCCUUUGACGGGGGCGUCUUCGCGCUCGGCUUCGCAGCGGCGCUGGUCGUGGUGAGCGGGGGCACGACGCUGCUCGCGCGCGAGGCGGGCGCCUUUCUGACCGAGGGCGGGCGCGGCGAGGUGCUCGAGCGGGCGCUACUCUUCGGGGCGAUCCUGGGCGACGUGCAGGACGGGUACGUGGACCGGCAGGCGAUCGACCUCGACGAGCUCUUCGAGACGGGCGUCAACGCGAUGCUCGGAUCGCUCGACCCGUACACGACGUACGAGGACGCAGCGCAGGCCGAGGACCUGACCACGCGCACCACCGGGCGGUACGGCGGCAUCGGAAUCACCAUCGGGGCCGACGAGGGCUCUAGUGCGCGCGGAGGCGGAGGCGGCGGCGGCGGAGGCGCAGGCGCGGGUCCCGCCCAGAAAGGGAGUCCUUCGAUCCUGGUGCUGUCUGCGCUGGAGGGGUACGCGUACGACGCGGGCGUGCGUCCGGGUGACCGGAUCCUCCAGAUCGACGGCCGCCCGAUCAGCGGUGCGCGCGUGGAGGAGGUGAAGAACAUGCUGCGCGGCGAGCCGGGCACGCAGGUGUCGCUGCUACUCCAGCGGGACGGGUCGACGCAAGAGGCGAUCCCGAUCGACGUGCAGCGGGCGGAGGUCCGCUUGCCCGACGUCUCCCUCGCGACAAUGAUGGCGCCGCGCACCGGGUACGUCAAGCUGGACGGCUUCUCCGAGGGCACCGCCGAGGAGCUCGCGCGGGCGAUGGUGCGGCUGUACGCUUCGCAGCGAGCCGCGGGCGAGCCUCUCGAGUCGCUCGUGCUCGACCUGCGCGACAACCCGGGCGGGCUGCUCGACGCGGCGGUCGGCGUCUCGCAGCUCCUCGUCCCUCAGGAGGUGGUCGAGCCGCUGCCGGGAGGCCGCUCGCUCAAGCUGACCGUCGCAAAGUACUUCACCCCCUCGGGCCGCUGCAUCCAAGCAAUCUCGUACGCAAAGCCGCCGAAGCCCGGCGCCGAGCUCAAGGUCGCCGAGCCGAAGGCGGACGAGGCAGGCAGCCCGACGGACCGGGCGCCGGACGCCGCGCCGGCAGACGGCGACGACGAGGGCGCGGCUCGGCGCAGGCGGAGGCAGGAGUCGUACACGGAGCGGUCUCUGCAGCCGAACCCGGUCUACCUCACCUCGAACGGGCGAGAGGUGCAGACGGGCGGCGGGAUCGCGCCCGACGUGGCGGCGGCGGGCAAGCCUGUCGGCGCGCUGGAGCGCUCGCUCAUCCGUCAGGGCGCCUUCUUCCGCUUCGCCUCUCAGUGGCUUCGCGAGCACGAGGGGACGCCGACACAGCAGGCGCAGCUCCUCGAGUCGACGCGCGGCUCGGACGAGGCGUACCGAGACUUCGUCCGCUUCGCGCGCGAGCGCUACAUGGCGAAGCGACCCGCGAGCGACGCGUCGCUCGCAUCCAAGCCGGCGGCGGAGGCGCCGAGCGCCGCCUCCGGCGCGCAGAAGGAGUCGCCGCCGAGCGAGGCUGGCGACGCCGACGGGUGGGUUGUGCAAGACAAGCAGCUCGUCGAGCCCCUGCGCGCGCUCGAGAAGGCGCUCUCGCGCGACGGCGACGGGCAGCGCACGCGCUCCUCCUCCGAGCUGAAGGCGCUGCGGCGCGCUCUCGCUUCGGAGGAGCUCUCGCAGUUCGAGUCGCAGCACUCGCAGAUCGCUGCCGACGUGCGCGAGGCGGUGCUCGCGCGGCUGCUGCCGCCGAGCGAGCGGCUGCGCGCCUUUCUGCGCGACGACCCGCAGGUGCUCGCCGCGCUCGCCGUCGCCAACGACGAGGCGCGCUACGAGGCGUUGCUCGCUCCACCCGCCGCCUACGCGCCCGCGUUCCCGGGCGACGACGCCACGGCGCGCACCACCGCGGACGCGUCGGCCAAGGCGAAGGCCAACCUCCGCUCCGCCAGCCGCCGCUCCAGCCUCGGCUCCACCGCCCGGUCGGAUGACCCGCCCGGGUCCACGCCGCCGCCGACGACGCCGCGCCGCGUGGCGAGCGGCGGCGUGGCGCGCGGCAGAGUCUGGGCCGCCUGAUUGCCUCUCGACGGUCUUCAGCUGCCUUGUCAUACUUCGCCAUGGCGUCCCUCGGCCUUCUCGCCGACUUCCCCCGCCGAGGAGAGAGAGGGGUCUUGCAGCAUGCUGGCUUAUGUGGUAUCGGGUGUGGUCCUGUGGUCACCGGUGUGCACUUGUGGGCGGGUCAACUCGCCGGGCGGAGGAGAUACUUGUGUGACGAGGGCCGUGAUCUGCGUGAGAGCGGAGCUGCGCGGUUCCGUGAUGCACGGCGCGCGUGCGCGCCGUCAGCUGCUGUGGCGGCGGGGCCUUCUCCAGUCUCUUGCAUGUCUCGCGUGUGGCAGUGGGUCGGGACUCGGGUGUACGGUACGCUAAUCAGGUAUUCGUGAGCUGACAACUGGGUCUCUCGUUUUUGAGUUUUUGCGCGCCCUGGUUAG